UGUGUGGACAAAUUGCUCGAAUUUGUUCGAAUGGUUUAUUCUGUUAUUGUGCUUACCCUACCCCUAGAGUGGAUGUCUCUAUCGAAGGGAAAGCGUCGGAAUUAAAUUACGGGAAAGUUGAGCAGGGAGACUUACAGGCGAAGGAAGCGAUUACCUGCCUCCCUUGCCCCCAUUCAUUUUCAGUUUCUUCUCUGAUUCAAUUUCAGUUUUUAUAAGUUGAGAGAAUUUCAAGCGAAAGCAGCAGAAGCAGCCGGUGGAGAAGGAAUGGGGGUGCUCUCAAACAAGAUCCAGAGGGAUCAACUCAGACCUGGAGAUCAUAUUUAUUCCUGGAGGCGCGCCUACCUCUAUGCCCAUCACGGGAUAUAUGUCGGUGAGGGAAAGGUUAUCCACUUCACUCGGGGAGCUGGCCAGGAAAUUGGCACAGGAACUGUGUUAGACCGCAUCAUUUUCAGCUCCUCCCCAUCCCAUUCCCCGGACAAUCCCUGCCCAAAAUGCGGUGAUCAAUCAAGUCUUGACGGUGUCAUGUCUUCUUGCAUAGAUUGUUUUCUAUCUGGCGGUGAUCUCUACCUCUUUGAAUAUGGUGUCAAUGCUGCUUUCUUUAUUGCCAAAGCUAGAGGGGGUACCUGUACGCUUGCUGCGUCUGACCCACAACAAGAUGUCCUUCAUCGUGCUUUUUAUCUUCUCCAGAAUGGUUUUGGUAGUUAUGACAUUUUCAAAAACAACUGUGAAGACUUUGCAAUAUAUUGCAAAACAGGUUUGCUCGUGUACACUAGCAUUAGUGUGGGCAGGAGUGGACAGGCUGCUUCCUUUUUAGCAGCUGCAAGUGCUGUUAUUUCUUCACCGCUUCGAUUUUUGACUACUAGUUUUACUGGUCUGGGUGCUGUUGGUUGCGGCAUGUAUUGUGUCAGCCGAUUGGUUUCUGAUAUCGGAAUACGUCGUGAUGUUAAAAAAAUUCCAGUGGAGAGACUUACUGCUCCGUGUGGCCUAGAUGAGGCAGAGUUUGCGACCGAAGUGGUCAAGACAGAUUAAUUUGUGUGCAUAAACCGAAGUUGUAUGGCUUGAAGGGGUUUGUUUCUGUUGAUUGUUGUAUUAUGCAUGGAGUGUUUCCAUGAACAUUUUAUGAUUGCUUGUAUUAAGGCGGACGUUGCCAUGAUCAAUGUGCCUGCUCUUCUUUUGAACUUUUUUUUUCCAGAAAAAAUAUGCUCUUCAUUUUAUAACCAUGGAUAAUUUGUUCGUU